AUGAAACCCAAAAUAGUUGUCCCCCCUGCCCCGCCACGCUCAUACUCAACCCCAAUAGUCCUCUCACAAAUCACACUCUUGCACCGUCCUGAUUCCUCAUCGACUGCCACCCCAGUGGCCAUCAUCAGAAUGCCCAGAAUCGAGAAGAACAAUGUGUUCACCUCAGUCAUGGAACAUGAUCUCGUCCGAGCAUUCAAUACGCUGGAUCAGGAUAACAGAGUAAAGGCCAUUACUAUAACUAGUAAAGGAAAUAACUUUUAUGCAGGUACUGAUUUGGGAAUUGGACUUGAGAGAACUGAAGGAAUUGCAGGGAAAGAGCAUAGAGAUGGGGAAUCGCUAACGAAAAGAAAUAGGGGUGGAAGAGUCGCACUUGCUAUCCACAGAUAUCGAAAGCCAACUAUAGCAGCGAUUCAGGGGCCAGCCAUUGGAAAAGGAAUAACGAUGACUCUUCCAAUGACCAUCCACCUCGAAUGGAAAGGAGCAAAAAUAAUCUUCGUUUUCUCUCAACGCGGCGUGGUAAUGGAAGCCGCGUCUUCAUUCUUUCUCCCCAUCUCAUGGGGCAUUCACGUGCCUCAUACCUCACCACCACUGGCUCGACUCUUCCGCUUCAUCGCCUCAAUUUGUACGUGUCUAAUGCGUCAGAUGAUGUGGAGAAAUCCGGGAUUGGCGGAGGGAGUUCAUCUGCUGGCUUCGGAGUUGAUGUGGGAGUUGCAUGACAAAGAGGACAAAAAAGGGGGGUUUAAGGCGUUUUUGGAGAAGAGGCGUCCGAUCAUGAAAGGUAAUUUGAAGGAUGGGAUGCCGAGGAACGUGCUUUGGUGGGAGGGUAUAGAUACCAGGCCCAAGUCUGGAGACAGAGAUGAGAACCGACUGCGAGCAGGGGAGAUUUGUAACUGAGGGGACAACUCAAUUCAACAUCUAAGUUGUCAUAGAUUCGAAGAAUUCCCUCGUUCCUUCUGGUGCCAUCUCUCAUGAGUAUCCCUAUCAAUUCUUCUUCCACCGCGGGCCAAUUCUUGCCUCUCUGACUGGAAUGCUCGACCGCUCUAUAACCCUGCCUGUCGUUUUUCGAGAAUUGGCCGUACCGCUCCGCAUCGUUGGAUUCAUUGUCGUGAGAUUCGUUCAGUCUCCACCAUCGUGAUAUUUUGCUCUUCCUUCUUCCACCCAUGUCUCAAGGAUGAAUUCCCCAGCUUCGACCAACCGUACCGGCGUACUCUUCACGCCUCCCAAAUCGCUCCCAAUAUUCUCACUGGAGCC